UUCAAAAUCUCUCUGCCAUUGUAACACCAUACCCAUGUUGCAUAUGUCAAGAUACUUCCCAUGGAACCUCUGCAGAAUUCACUAAAAACAAAUCCAUCCAUUUCUCAAUCUCACUAACGAAAUAUUCUCAAUUCCUUAUUCACAUCCAAACUCUACCAACAAAAUAUUCCAAAAGUCGCUUCUACGCUGUCACAUCAAUCGAACCUGUCUCAUGAUCUACUUAAACCAAGCCUCUAGAAAAUUUCAAAAAGCAUUUCACCCUUCCUCGAACUCACCGACAAAAUAUCCAAAUCCUUUACCAGACAUUCACCCCAUAAUCCUCGUACAUAAGAACCAAAGGCAACACGUCUACACUGCGGAAGUUGCAGGUGAGCGAGAACAUUUGAAAACGGGUAUCGAUACUUCUAGAGAGAGAAAGAGAGAGAGAGAGAGAGAAAGAGAGACAGAGAGAGAGAAAUGGGGGGAGGGAGAAUCUGUACAGGCAGGUUCUAUUAGUACGUAACGCCUGGUCCUUUUGCCGUGCCGCUCAAAGCAAAGCAGCCCCCGGAGUGUUACAAUUUCGCCCUCUCUCUACCCCUCCAGGUCCGCCUCGAAAGUCCCUUUAUCUAUCCCGCUAUUUUCCUAACUCCGACGUCCCCUCCGGGGGUUUCUCCUCGUUCGUGGUGACGACAACGAUUCCUCUUCUCUCCUGAAGGAGGAUGUGGAGGGAGCGCGCCGGAUCCGCCGGAAUACCGGCCGUUGGAGGGGUGGUAGAGCCGGAGCGCUACCGCCACCCCUUCAUCCCCUUUUUACGAGAGGUUGAAAUGCCCGCCCAUUGGUCCGCCCAUGUAGGACCAAAGCAGUCACUUCGAAUCAAUUCGACCUACGAUUUCGCCUCGUAGACGGUCCUACACGGCGCUGGCACACUCGCAACCGCGCAUCAUAAGCUUCGACCGCAUUUCGUACACCUAACCUCGUCAAACGUGAUCUAUCGCGUAGAAACGCUCGCUCAUGGACUCUCUCGAUAAUCGACACCUAGUGCGGCUACUGUGUCCUACGGCAAUUGACGAUUGAAAUUUAUUCGAACAGUUGGAAGAAUCGUUGUUGUUUUCCACUUUCCUUGUGAUUUAUUUUCAUUUUCUUUUCUCGUCGUGUCGGAUUUAGACCGAGAGUGAUCCUGUAACCAGAGAUUGGUUACAUCGAACAAGGGAGAAGUGACUUGUUGUUGGAAACUGAUAGAUUAGGGAGAUCGUAGUAUUUUAGGGAAAGUCGAAGCGUGCUCGAUGAGGGGGCAUGAGGGGCAAUCGUGAUGGUUAGCGAAUAUCGCAAGAUCGUUAGCGAUAAAGUGGAGUGCGUCACAGGCAGCCGUCAUCCUUGAGAUAGAGUGAGUGGGUGACACGGAGAAGAAGAGUAAAAAGAAAAAUGCUCGUUAUCGUUGUGGAAACAAACUAUUAGCGUAAGAUAACAAUUCGUACGGAGCUCGUGUGUGUGACAGUUGCCUCGCGAAAACAUGUCGAAAGAGAAAUGCUCGCGCGAUUUCGUUCAGUGCUUUUGAACAUCGACGGACAACCUACAUUUAUACCUCGUUAAAAAAUUUAAGAAGAACGAACGAAAGAAUAUUUCAAGAAAGCGCAGAAAGUACACAUUAGCGCGUAUAAAUAUUCACGAAAGCGAACCCUCGUCGGUGAAAUAAGACAAGAACACCAUGAGCACGAACAACAACGAUCUUUGCCUAUUUUCAAAGAACCAGAGAAACUAAAGUUUCCAAAAAGAAGAGAGAAAAAAAUAGGCUUAAAUGUGCCCAUGAAGCGAUCACGAUGGAACCGCGUGGGAUGAUGAUGUCGAACCUGUCGUGCGACGGCUGCGCGGACAGCGACCGCGACUCUGACAGCAGCAGCAUGAUCGUGGACCCGGUGAGUCUGGACAAAAACGACCUGUCACCGUCCCAGUCAUCGUCCAGCCCAAUCAUCCCGAGUUCUCCAGUCCCGCCGACCACCGCGUCCUCCAGAAACCGUGGUGGAAGUCGCAGCAAGAAGAACUACUCGAUGAUGUCGGCCAACAGUCAACAAAAGAACAACUCGUCCGGCCAAGCAUCGUCUUAUAGCAACGACAAGAUGUCCUCAUCUUUGAUCAAGCCACCUUAUUCUUACAUAGCUCUCAUUACAAUGGCGAUUCUUCAGUCGCCACAAAAGAAACUGACAUUGAGUGGAAUCUGCGAGUUCAUCAUGUCACGGUUCCCUUAUUACCACGACAAGUUCCCGGCCUGGCAAAACUCUAUCAGACACAAUUUGUCCCUGAACGAUUGUUUCAUCAAGAUACCACGUGAGCCAGGAAAUCCUGGAAAAGGGAAUUACUGGACCCUAGACCCAUUGGCCGAGGACAUGUUCGAUAAUGGAAGCUUUUUGCGUCGCAGAAAGAGGUACAAGAGGCCUCCGCCGCAUUAUGUGCUCCGAGACAGGGCGAUUAUGGCGACCUUCGCCAUUUGCGGCGAUCGAGGACCUUGCCCUGGUGGCGGCGGUGGUCAUCCCGGUGCUCUGACUUAUCCAAGCGCCGCGUAUCUGUCUCCGCCACCCGGUCUGCCCCUGCUCGACUUCUCUCCGUCGACCUUGGAAGCUCUGAAGCUUGGUGGCUUCCUGGAACCGCCUCCACCACUGUACAAACCGGUACCGAUCACGGCUCCGCCGAUCAGACAAAUUGACCCCGCGCCAACGAGGACCACCACGAUACCGAGCAGCCAUCCGCCGGCUGACAAGAAGAGGAACUUCAGUAUUGACGCUCUGAUCGGUAAACAGGCGGCAAACGAUCAGAAUUGUGGCGGGCUGUUGGAUCUCAGCCCGUCGGAGCAUAGAGAGAUCAGGAGUCAGGCGUCGGCUUUCUCUCCUCUCGUUUAGAGGAUUUAUUUGAUCGAGUUUUUCGAGUUUCUUUCUGACUGGCACUCUGCAUUGGCCGGAUCUCAGUUAAAAUCACAGUUUUUCUCGGAGAUUCCGGUUUUCGGAGAAGAUUGCAGUUUUUUUCAAGGGAACUUCAGUGGACAGGCAAGGACAGAUGGUGAAGAAUGUUUUUGACAUUCGUGAUGGAUUUUGGGUGAUGAAGAAGAGGUUACAGACUGUAAAGGUGAAUGGAAGGGAAGAGGAAAAUUUACAGAAAAGAGCAUUGGAGAAGCAAGGAAUUUUUCACUUCCACGUUAUUAUCAGAAAUCAAAAGUAUAUGGAAGAAUAAUGAUACGUACUAUGGAGAAUGAUAAAAUAGUUAGAUACCAAAGGAAGAAAAGCGACGGAACCAAAGAUUUCAACUUCGACAAGUACUUGUGUAAAAAAGAACAAGAAAGAGAUAGAGGGAGAGAGAAAGAGAGAGAAGAACGUACGGACAAAAGAACGAGUCGAGAUAAUUGUAAAAAGGUGUAGUGCAAUAGUGUAGUGGUUUAAGUACGAGAAAAGAUCCCCUUUGGUCGUGUCGAAACGAUUCUUAGCGACUGUACGGCGUCGUCACGGACAAUCGAUUCGUCGCGAAUCGAACUUCAUAAUUUUCCAUCCUCUCUGUUUCAACCCCGUUUAUUUUCACAUAUUUUUUCUUUCCUCCGUGCUCUAUUCUUAGCCGGAGGCUUCUUAAACGAUAGAUUAAUAUCUCGUCACUGUAAAUAUACACACGUACACACGUAUACACACGUAUGCACACGAACAGACACAUGCACACGCACAUCCUCGAACAAAUCUUUGCUCAGCUUUCUAUUGUUUGCGCGAGUGUGAGAGAAAAAGAGAGAAUGCGCGAGUGAAAGGGUAGGAGAGGGUGGCAGAGAGCGAUAGAGAGGGGAGGUCAGUUCUCUUCAUCGGAUUUAAUGUAAAGCUCGGGCCGGGUUUUCGGUCAAGUAGACGUUUUAGUGUACAUAGCGUUGUACGAAAAAAAUAAAAAGAAAUACACACACAUAUAGGGGAUGCUCGCGUUCCGUAUUACGAAACAUAUUCGUGUACCUUUGAUUCUCGUGUUCGAUCCUCGAUACGAGAGGUUUUGAUAGCGAAAACGCGUGCAACGAUUCGCAAAGAUCGAGCCUUAUCGAGUUUUAUUGUCUUACGAAACUGCACAUCUUUAACCGGCGUGCGAGUAACGCGAGCUUUGAAACACAAUCCUUUCGUUUCUCUGGUUUAUUAAGAAACGAUUUACGCGGAGAAACAUUCGACUAAUCGACUUGAUACACUGUUCGAAACAUUAGAUUGGGAAAUUAAUGGUCGAUUCGUGUCUGUAUUGGUUAUUUUUGUUUAUUCGACCAAGAACAAUUCGUUGUCAGUUAUAUGCAAGUUUUUUUUUCUUAGUAAUUUACUGCCUCGUUUACAUUUUAGAAAACAUCGUAGCGCUUUGAAAAAUGUAGAUCGUCUGGAAGCAAAAUUUUGCGACGAAGAUUUUCGAAAAGCUCGAAAAUGUAGGAAUACGUGGCGAUAAAUUCGAGGAAUAGGCAGAAAAAUAAUAAAAUGUUAGUUUUUAAUUCAAUUGGAUUCUCUGGAAUUAUUUCAUUGUUCAUAUUGGAAUUAUCUCAAUAUUAUUCUUAUUGUGAAAGACUUGCACCGAUAAUUUUUUAUUUAAAGAUACACGAACAUAAUGGCAUGCUAUUCUAGGAAGCGUAAUCCUCAUCGCGAUAGAGGAACAAUAAUCAUUGCCAUAGUUACGUAAUGAACACAGACACAUUUCAAUCCAUUUAUUUGCCAUUUAUUGCACAGCAACCUAACAAUUAGAAGAUUGGCGAUAUUUUGAGAGCUGCUUCAUCGUUUGACGAGGUUUUUAGCGGUUUCACGAGAUUAAACGUUGUAUUACGAAAUCUUUGUUUUUCUCUUUUAUAAUUGACUCUUUUUUCCGAGCAGUGUAUGAAGCAGACGUUGAUGUAAGAUCAUAAUGGUCCGAAUCCUUUAAAAUUUCUUUAGAAAUGAAAUGCUACUGUACAAAUGUUUAUUCCAAAGAAUUAAUUAUUUAUAUAAGAUCGAAGAUACAGACGAAGGAAAUCGAAGGAAAAUCGAAGACUUCGGCCAAGUGAACUUUCCAAUUUCCGUAUAUUAACGUCAGAAAGUUACCAGAUACACUGCAAAAUCGAUUACGACUUAAGAAACAUGUUUCCGAAAAUACCACUACGCAAUCUAUUGGGAAAUUAACAAAGAAAUCAAAUUGCCAAUAUCACAAGUGUAAUUCGCACAACUCUCAAGCAAAAUUCUUUUCUAAGAAACAAGUUACAUAAAGAAUACUUUAUGCUGUAGGAAAUUAUAAUUGAGGGGUUGAAAUCGUAAAUGACUCGUAAACGUUAGAAGGUUUUCAAUAGAAAAAAUAUUGGCUUCUAUUAAUUUUACUGUACAAUUUAUCACACCUGGGCACCAUAGACUUUCAGCGUUUAUCAAUUUAAUAGAUUUAGAAAAGGAAUAAAUUGGCUACAAGGAAUUGUUUUGCAUCAGUUACAUUUUAUUUGUAUUACAGGCUAUUCUUCUAUCUUUUAAAAACGAUUAAUUUACGGUCACAGCUCUAGAAGCUACAAUAAAUUAUUUUAAUACUGAUAACUUUCCUCUUCUUAUUCUACGUGAAAUUUAUAUUUCCUCUUAAUAGAAAAAUCGAUUUGGAUCUUUUAUCGAUACUAACGUCAUUUGCCGUUUCAAUUCCUCAAAUAGGGAUUUUAAUUUCGCAAUGACAAACAAUGGAGAGAAAUAUUUCUUCGGAAAUUUUUCUCGUUCGCUUUUCGGUGAGAGAUUUUCCAUAAAAGAUUUUCAAAAGAAGAUAAUUACGCGCAAAUAAUAGGAGAAAGGAAGAAAUGCGAAACGACAGUUCGACGGAAAUUCGUCGACGAUUUUUAAUACAGAAACAGCGUGUUUGAGUCUGUUUUCGAGCGUUUCAAAACGUGCAUAAGACGCAUGUGCAGGGUUCCACGGGAAAAGAGAAUGGAAUAAUUUACAAUUAAUCCCUGCAAAGAUACGCAUCCAUGACGAUUAUGUAUGUGUUGGUCUACCUACGCGUGUACAUACCAGCCGCUAGUGAAUUUUCCUCGAACGUGUGCGAUGACGAUUGUCAGAUAAGAAUUAUUGCAGAAGAACUUAACAGCGCAGCGUAGCGUUUGUGCAACGAAUCCGGUCGCAUUUGUAUUUCGUUGAUCGAAAAGCAGGUUAAGUAUGUUUAGGAAUUUCGUUAAUUAAAUACCAAGUGGAUUUUUAUCGAACGACGCUAUGGUUUGGUUCUUACAAUUGCUUAGAAAUAUUCUAACGAAUAAAAGUAUCGAACGAUAUGUACAAAUUGCUAGUCUGCUUUUAUUAACGCGUCCCGUGCCCUGGGGAAUAAAUAAUUUGUAAUUAGAAAGUUUGAAAAUUCUAUAGUUUAAUUAAUUAAUUUUAAGGGGUAAUUUGAAGAACUUGAUAUUUAAUGUAAUAUUGAAGAUAAUAUAAUGGGGAAUAACAUCGAAAAGAAUUUAAAAGUAUUGGAAGAUACUUCAUGGCAUCUAAGAAUGGUAUUCAAAAUCGCUCAAAGAGAUCUAAAAAUACUAUUCAAGAUUAUUCUAUAAAGGUUUUCAGGAAUACGAUAGCAAACGAUAUUUUGCAAGCAUUGCAAAAGUAUUCAAGAAUAACAUUCAAAGUUAUUCAAGAGUAUCAAAUAAAAAAUACCAUUUGAAAACGUUGGAAAAUGAAGGAUAUCCGAGAAUAUAUAGAAACAUUUAACAGUUAUAUUCAAUGAUACGAAAAAAUAGUGUUAGAAAGCACUGAAGACCUUUAAAGAAUAAUAUUUAAAAAUAUUCAAAAUCAUUCAAUUAUGAAUACACAAUAUUGUAAAGCACUCAAGAUAUUCAAGGAGAAUAUUCAAAGUAUUCGUCGAAUAACAAAGAUAUUACUUUAUCGGUAUACUCCGUAUCUUCACUUGCUUUUCUGCGUUUCAUUUCAAGAUCAAACCCCGUAGAAUACUCUUCUCCGGUGAAUGAAAAUGAAAUACGUGUGACCCGCAUGGCACGUGACGCGUUAAACUAGAAGCAACAACGAAACGUUCGUACGUUUUCUAUUCGUUUCAAGGCUCCUUAUUUUCGUUAUCGUUCUCGUUUAUGUAGAUCUGAUUACACAGCCGAUUAGUGCGUGUUUUCAAGUCGUGUGAACGAUGCACAUCGUGAUAACGAAAAUCAUUAUUCUAAUAGCGAAGCUAGCGACUCCUUCGGGAAAAAUACAUCUCCGACACAUCGACAUCCAAAGAAUGGUCAAACAACAUAAAACAGAGAAAAGUCGAUCUUCUGCAAGAAAUAUUUUCGAAAUGUGAAAUAGUUUCUACCGGUAUAUAUUGAAAAUUAUCUGCGUAAUUUGUGAUAAAUGACGCUUCAUUGUCUUAUUCAUAGAUUUUCUUCGUCGGGAGAAUUGUUGCUCCCAAAGUUGUUCGAGCGUUGGAUUAAAAUUCUUUUUAAUCUGACACAUCCGCAGCGUAAAAUUCUUCACAUCGAUUCUGGAAAAAUGUCUGAUAGAGAACGUGUUCCAUUGAUAAUGCAUUAGCCCUCUAUAACUGACAUGUUUGCUUACCAGAUUGACAAAUUCUUAAUUGAUUUCUGAUUUCGAUCAGAGAAUUUGGAAGUAGCGUAUAAUCGAAUAGCGAGUAUGAUAAAUAGCGACAUGAAAUGUUCGUUUUCGUCAAACAAAACAUCGUCGUUCUCUAUUGUAUUCUUCAUCUCGAAGACUGGUAAUACUGGAAGAAAUUUUGGAAAAUCAACGACACAAAUUGAUAAUAUAAUCUAAGUAAUCCCUGAAUGGGCGAAGACGAGCGGAUUCGUCAAAAUUGCCAAUUCCUUCGACAUAGUAAUUUCUACGUUCAAACGUGCUUUAUCCAUCUGCGUAUCGUUUUAGAAGCAAAUUAUGUCAUGUGUAUAUUUGCGAGAACUGAGACCGAUCAAAUUUCAAUCGAUUUUCUAUAUUGUUACGGAAGUAAUAAUAUAUAGAAGUCGUGAUAGGCAUAAUUAUAGAAAUUUCUAAUUAACAUUAGAACUACCACACCAGUCAAAUCGACUGGUUUUACAAUUUUAUUUAAAAAUUCCUACUUCAUGUUAUAUUUUUUCCCUAAAUAACUAAAUAACUAAAAGAAUAGUAUAAUGAAUUUUAUUUUGUUUUUUAUGUAUUCAAGCUGAAAAUAAUUUUGUAUCAAAGCUACUUGUACCAAUACCAGUGAAGAUGACUGGUACUUGUCAAAGUGUAAAAGGGUCCUGCAAUCUGUUUACCGAACCCCGAUUAACCAGUUUCCUCGUGUUCUACAACUUGCCACGCGUUUUUUCAAUUUUUACCGUGUAUCAUUCAAUGUGAUGAUAUCAGUUAUCAGGAAAAUUCCGAACCGAUUGCUAGGUCGCUAGAUGCUAACGCUAGAAAUGCCACAGCAUUCAAAACGACUGGUUCUACAAUUUUAUAAACGUGUCAACCCUCCUUUAGGUCGAUCAUGGUCCCAGAUGGAUUAAUGAUAUCAAAAAUAUUCUAUUGUUACGUAUUUUUUAAAAACCAGUCAUUUUGAAUGGUUUUGGUACAAGCAGCUUCAUGUUAACUACCGGUAGUUCUAGUGUUAAGAGACGAUUCGAUUAACAGGUUGAUAUCGUGUAAAUAUAACUUUGGCCAGAGAUCCAUUAAGUCCAAAUACAAAUGGAAAAACGAAUUAAAUUUCGUGAAAAUUUGUUUUACCACUGCAAAGAGAAUAGGCAGAAGAACUUCUCUAAAAUCAUUUCACGCAAAAAUACAUGGAAUUGUACGUAGCUGGUAUUAUAGGUGAAGGAUGAUAGUUAUAGCGUUUGAGAAUCUAGGUGAAGAAUUUGAAACAUUGGAACGGAUCUUUUACAUGUUAUAGCAGAAUGAUAAAUAGGAUAGAAAUUCGAAAACACAAAUGCACGAGUACGCAAAAUCCGAGUGUCUCGAUGUUAUAGAGGGUUAAGCAUUCUAGGAGCAGAGGAGCAGACAUUUCACGAGAUUUCAUAGAUUCCGUUCGAUCUGUGUCAGUUAAAAGAAGGGAAAGAUCGAUAGAGCCGAGGAAAACACCGAUUCUAAACCGUAUUGUCGACGUUUGGGUACAAAACGAUUUACUCGAUAGUCUUUUAUACUUGGACAAAUUCACAACCGAUCGGUUUAGAGUUGUAGAGAUUUUUAAUGUUAAGUUAAAUGUAUCAUAUAAAUAUUCGAUCGCGAGUGUUAUUCGUUUCUUUUUUCUCUCGUGUAAAAACAAGACGACACAAGAUGAAAGGAAAUGGAGACGAGAGUAAGAAAAUGAAAGAAAGAAGUGACAGUUUCGAGAACGAUUCAGAAUUAUUAUUCGAACGGUGUAUAUUUUACUAAUCUUGUCGACUCUGAACUGUCGUGUGUUAAGGUAUUGUGACGAAAGUAAAGCGGUACGUCUGUUUGUUCCUUUACUAAAAUAAGUACCGAUGCUAUAAUGUAUGUUUAGUUAUAGGUUGCCGUUACCACUUGUCUCUGUAGAUUUAGUAAGUAUUAUACGUGUCAAGAUGAUAGAUUUAUAAUAACGUGUAAUAAUGUCAACAAUAAAGUACUGUUAAGUAUAAAAGAAA